AAAAAAAAAAAAAAAAAAGCUAGUUACUCUAUACCCAUAAUUUCUCAAAGAAGCUAAAGCAAAGCUCUCCAGAAGCUACUCAAAAAUUGAACAUGGUAUGGACUAUUAAAAAUUCUUACACUCCGCUCCCAACCACCAACAUUUCUACACUCAACUCUUCGUAACAGUGACUAAUUGCAUUUAUUUUGCUUCUGGUAUUAUUGGGGUCUGAAUCACUUAACUUAAAAUUUAAGAGAUUUAUUUCGCUGCUUGAAUAUGGAUGAUAAGGAAACAAGUUGUAUCGAUCAAAUGUCCGAACUACCUGACUUCAUUCUUCACCAUAUAUUGUCUUAUCUUUCAACAAAACAAGCUGUUCAAACGGGUGUUAUAUCCAAGAGAUGGAAAUAUGUUUGGGAAACAUUCCCCAUCCUUGAAUGUUUUCAAGGGCAUUUCGGAAAACAUUUAAAUUUAAUUAACCCGAAGGAGCAAGAGCUUCCUAAAGAUGAGAGACGCAAGAUUUUUAAUCAAAGACUGAAUUUCAUGAGCUAUAUUGAUAAGAAACUGCUUCGAUUUCAUGAGGAGAAACUUUGUGUGAACAAGUUUAAUCUCCAUAUUAUCCUUGUGAGUAAAGUUUUGGCCCCUCGUGUUGAUAGGUGGAUGGAAUUGGUUGCUAAAAGGCGUAUGCAGGAGUUAAAUCUGUAUAUUUUUACGGGAAAAGGAAGAGUUCAUGACCUAUCUAAGAUUUUAUUCACAAUGGAGUCAUUAACCGUUUUACAUCUAUUUGGUUCUAUCAUGUUACGUAGCCCUCCUGAUAGUAAAGCUGUUAAGCUAUGCUCUUUAGUUGAGCUGCAUCUUAGGAGUGUCUAUAGAUGAGAAUACAAUUCAAGAUCUUAUACGCUCUAUUAAAUCACUGAAAGUGUUCUCUUUGUGUUAUUGUUUGGGUUUUGAGAAUCUUGACAUAUGCGGUCAUGAUAAACUGGAGAAGAUGGUUUAUAGAAAUUUCAAAGCCAACAGGUUUAGAAUAGAGGUGCAAACAUUAAAAGAACUUACACUUGAUUUUUGUAGUGGUAGUAAAGAAACAAUGGUAUGUGAAAUCAUUGUUAGUUCUGUUUGCCAAAAUUUGACACGUUUGUCUUUGUGGGUUACUCCCAUUGAUGCAAAGUGGCUACAAAGAUUAAUUACAUCCUUUCCUCUGCUCGAGCAUCUGUAUUUGGGUGGAUGCAUGUUGCAAGAAGUUAUUAAACUCUCUAGUCAAUCUCUCAAGGAGAUAUGUUUUAAAGAUUGUAUGAAACUAGUGGAAGCAGAGUUUGAUACACCUAAAUUACAAUCUUUUAAAUAUGGUGGGGAGACCAUACCUCGCUUUUACCUAAACAGUGUUGCUGAUUAUCGGACAGCAGAAUUCUCCGCCCUUUUUCAACAUAUGGACAGCUUAUGGUUCAUGAGGUUGUAUGACAUUCUCAGAUAUUUCAAAAUUCAAGAUCUGACUUUUGAGAUAUAUUCUAUCGGUGAGGAUAUCUCCUUCAAUGCUGAGGACUAUACUGGGAAGCAGUUUCCUCUCUUUGAACUCAACAAUAUGAAGUUGGUUAUGUUUCUGUUUGAGACAACAUCAACGAUAAACUAUAUAUCUCUUUUAGAUGGCUUAUUCUGGAAUUUGCGUCCUAGGAUUCUGUCAUUUUUCAAGCUUUAUUGUCUUUCUCCUCAAAAUUUGAAGGGGCUACUGAAAUGUUUGGUGGCUGAAGAACCGAAUUGUUACUGCUCUCAAAAUCUUGACUGUUGGCGUCACUCUUUGAAGGAUAUAAAGCUGAUUACUGUCAAAGGUUGGGAGAGUGAUACUGUAUUUAACGCGAUGACCCUGAACGACUUGACUAAUUACUUGGAUGAUUGGGUGAUUGAAGCCAAGGAACCUCUAAAGUACCCAGUGAAAAAUCCUUUGAAUUGUCAUGGUGCUAAGCUCUUCCGGUUAUUCUAUGUUGUCUCUGUUCCUGUUCCCAAAGCUUUAUGUCAGCCAGUGUUAUUGCCUUCAUAAUACAGUUUGGCUACCACCAGUAUUAUUCAAGCAAUCACCAUCUAGCAGGGCUUCUAAUCGCUGCACAACCUUCCAACUUUGCUUGUAACACUCACUUUAGAUAUAUUGUAAAAUUACAAGUCCCUUUUGACAAGCGGUACAAGUCAAGAUAUUGUGUACACUUGGAACACCCUUUUGAAUUGUGGACACCAUUGUGAGCUGUCAGCAACCAGUCAACCACACUACUACUUGUACUGUUUUGUUUACUCAUGCAUCAUCCAUUGAACAUCCUCUUCUUAAUGUGUACUUAAUAGCUUUCGAAACCAACAACUUCCUGACUAUAAUGUAAACUUUGCUACAUUUGUUAAGUACUCCGUAUGUCUUUGCUACUAAUUCCCUCCAUUCCUUUUUACUGUAUUAGUUUUUUUUUUUUUUUUUUUUUUUUUUU